AUGAAGGGGCUCUCCUGCCCCAGCUGUGACCACCAAAAUUGUCUUCUGGCAUUGCCACACGCCCCCUCCCGAGACACAUAUACCCCUUACCCCAUUGAGGAUCGCUAUUUUCAAGAUGCCCAUGAAAGUGGAAGCGGGGGUUGGGGCGGUUCCUCUGGCCGGGGCACAGCUCUGAGGGGCGGCUGUGAUUCGGAGCUCGUCAUCUUCCUCGACUGCUUCAAGAGCUAUGAGGAUCAGCGUGUUCACCGCGCAGAGAUCCUCAACGAGAUGCGGGCCAGGUUGCAAUCUUGGUGGCAGAGACCCAACUACGGUCUGAGCCUUGAGUUCCCCAAGCAGGACAUGGCCAGGGUCCUACGGUUCCGACUGACAUCCGCAGACCUCGAAAACUGGAUGGAUGUCAGCGUGGUGCCUGCCUUCGAUGUUCUGGGACCACUCACUUCCAAUGUCAAACUCAGGCCCCAGAUCUACUCGACCCUCCUCAGCAGUGGUUGCCAAGGGGGCGAGCACGCGGCCUGCUUCGCAGAGCUGCGGAGGAGCUUUGUGAACGGUCGCCCAACCAAGCUGAAGAACCUGAUCCUGCUUGUGAAGCACUGGUUCCGCCAGAGACUGAGCCCCCCAGAGACUGAGAGGUCCAGCAAAGCUCUCCAAGGGAGCGCUCUCUUUCCCCUCCCCUCCCCGCCCUCACAGGUGUGCAGGGAGGAGGUGAGCAGGGAGAAGCUGCCUCCAGUCUACGCCCUGGAGCUGCUGACCAUCUUCGCCUGGGAACAGGGCUGUGGGAAGGAAGCCUUCAGCCUGGCCCAAGGCCUCCGGACCGUCCUGGGCCUGAUCCAGCAGUAUCGGCAUCUGUGUGUUUUCUGGACCCUCAACUACGGCUUCGAGGACCCUGUGGUCAGACGCUUCUUGCGGUACCAGCUUGAGAGACCCAGGCCGGUGAUCCUGGACCCGGCUGACCCCACGUGGGAUGUAGGGAACGGAGCAGUGUGGCAUUGGGAUCUGCUGGCCCAAGAGGCAGAGUCUUGCUCUGGGCACCCGUGUUUUCUGCAGGCGGCAGGUGGUGCUGUGCAGCCCUGGGAGGGGCCCUGGUGA